GUACGAAAUACGAAACAUCAUGACGAAUGCAUUUGCAGCCUUGAGGAAUAACAUGUGUAUAUAUCAUGUAGUUCACCAUUCUCGGAUUCAGAAAUAAUUCCCCUCAAGCUCCCGCCAAACUACACUUUUCGUGCUUUGACGAUCUGUUUGUUGUGCUCAGGCUUAUCACUCGUAUUCCACCAGUUUCGUCCGAAUCUGACAUCACAUCGUCCAGGAGGCGUUUAACCGGAUUACGCGUUCCGGACGCUUUCCAGACGCUUUCCAGACGCUUAUAGGUGGUACGCCCGCCUAAAGUACUUUGGAACCUCUAGUUACCAUCUACAAGUUUCGGACCGACUUUAGACGUCCAUUGUACAACGUUGAACAUGAAGUUCCAAUACUUAUUACCAGUCCUGCCUCUGGCUUCUGCUCUCGUCAUCACUGAGCAAAGUAUCUACGAAAAGCUAGAAAGGUUUGGAAAUGCAGGACAAGAUCUACUUGCGAGUACGCUUGAGACGUCCAAGAAUGCAUUCGACAGCGCUUUGGAGAAAACGACGGAAUCGUUGAAGCAAGUCGGCGAAGCAUGCCACAACAAUGCCGACAAUGGAUACGAUAUAGGGUCCUGGCUGCAAGGAUCUGAUUUUCAAGAUGACUUCGCAGGAGUAGAGGAGGGAGAAGAUCAUGAGCAUCCUCCUCAUCACGGCAGACCCCAUCAUCCUCCCCACCAUGGCGACCCUCAUCACGGAAAGCCAAACCUGACCAUCUACCAACUCAUCAGCGAGAGCAAAUAUACAACGAAACUGGCGGAGCUUAUCAACGAAUAUGACGACCUCGUCGACACCCUCAACAGCACAACUGCAAACUUCACCAUCUUCGCCCCCGUUGAUUCCGCCUUUGAGAAAAUCCCCGAACACCAUAGGAAACCCUCCAAGGAAUUCCUCAAAUCCCUCCUUCUCUACCACGUCUCUCCAGACCUCUACCCCGCCCGCCGCGUCCUCCACUCCUACACCCUCCCCACCCUCUACGCACCCUCCAAGCUUGGCGGUCCGCAACGUCUCACUGUCCGCGUGAGCCUCCGCGGCCCACUUCUAAACUUCUACAGCAAACUCAUCGUCACCGACAUCCCCGCCACCAACGGCCUCGUUCACGGUAUCGAUUCCAUUCUAGUCCCACCCCCCAACGUCGCCACCAUCAUCAAUCUCCUCCCUGGCCAAUUCUCCACGCUUCAACUCGCCCUCACCAAGACGGGUCUCUUCGAAAAAAUGAACAGCACGGACUACGACCACGAAGGCGGCACGCUCUUCGCGCCGUCGAAUUUCGCCUGGAGGAAAUUGGGACCGAGGGCGAAUGCCUUCCUGUUCAGCAAGUACGGAGAGAAGUACUUGAAGGCGUUGCUAGAGUACCACAUUGUGGUCGAUCAGACGCUGUACACGGACGCUUUUUACGACGCUACGUCCGAUGAUGGUGAUGAUGACGAUGCGGCUCGGUCGCAUCCGCGAAACACGCACUACGACCUGCCCACCGUCCUAGGCAAGCACGUCUCUGUGGAUCUGGCGCGCUGGGGGCCGUUUGUGGAGAUUAGGAUCAAUGGCUUCUCGCGCGUCACGGUGCAUGAUGGGGUUGCGAGCGAUGGGGUGAUUCAGGUGGUGUCGGAUGUGUUGAUUCCGCCGAAGACGGGGGGUGGGGAGGGAAGUUUCUGGGAGGGAGAGGAGAUCAGUGUAGAGGAACUGAAGGAGAGGCUUGAGCCACUGAUGGGACAGGGGGAGAAUAUGGAAUUGUAGAUGCUUGGAAUUGUGAGUUGUCAUGGACUGGCAAGUGAAAAGACGUGGUGUAGUCGAGAAAGAGGCUGAUAUCACAAGACAAAUUGGAAAGCAGAUAUUCUGCAGUUGACCCUGGGAUAUCCCAAACGGUUAAGGACAAAACUGAGAGCAUCGAUUAGCGUACAAGCAUAGCCAUAGGCAAGUCAAUCAUUCAACG